UUCUCGGCCAAUCCUGGUACUAGUUGACAAAAUAAAUGAUAUAUAAACCGCAGUAUGGGAAAAUUGUAACUGGAAAGUAACUUUGUUCUUCGGCAGAAAUUGAACGGAUCGUUUGCAACCACCAUGGCCGAUUCUAUAGAAAGUAGUUUCCAGGCCGCCAUUGACGCUGGCAAGAUCAACGGAGCUGUUAUUUGUGCCACCGACGCCGAGGGUCGUUUUGUUUACGAAAAAGCGAUGGGCGAGCGCACGCUACUGUCUGGCGAGAAGCGGCCACAGAAGCUGAACGACGUGCUGUUCUUGGCUUCAGCUACCAAGUUAAUCACCACUAUUGCUGUCUUGCAGUGCAUAGAGGACGGCCUACUAACCUUGACCGGUGACCUUUCGUCCAUCGUACCCGAACUCACUUCAAAGCAGGUCAUCACCGGCUUUUCUGACGACAACGAAACUCCUUUGCUGGAGCAGGUAGUCCGCUCCAUUACGCUCGAGAUGUUGCUUACGCACAGCUCUGGCGUCACUUAUUUCUUUCUGAAUCCUCAUGUCGUCCGAUGGCGCGAGAAGUUCGCCGCCCCUCUCCAAGAAGACGACCGCCGAUCGGUUGAGGAGCUGUUCAGCUAUCCACUCGCUUUUCAACCUGGUGAUGGCUGGAUGUAUGGCACAGGGCUCGACUGGGCUGGCCUUGUGGUAGAGCGGGUGACAGGUCGCACGCUUAGCCAGUUCAUGCAGCAGCGCAUCUUCGAUCCACUCGGCAUUUCUGACGCCGAGUUUUACCCGGUUACGCGAGAUGACCUGCGCGCACGCCUCGUCGACCUCAAUCCAAAGGACCCUGAAGCCCUGGGCCGUGCCGUGUUUGGCGGCGGCGGUGACGACAUGAACAAGCCAACCCGUGGAAACUUUGGUGGUCAUGGCUUAUUUCUGCCAGGCGCUGACUACAUCAAGAUUCUGCACUCGCUGCUGGCCGGCGACAGUAAACUCCUUAAACCCACUACAGUUGAUACUAUGUUCCAGCAUCACCUAAGCCCAAAGGCGACCGAGGCCCAUAAGGCUGCUAUGACCAGCCCCAUGGGUGCCCACUUUCGUGUGGGGAUCGAUCCCGAAAUGAAAGCUGGCCAUGGUCUAGGCGGGUUGCUUAUGCUUCAGGAUGUCGAUGACUGGUACGGCGAGCAUACACUAACCUGGGGCGGUGGUAUGUCGCUCGUCUGGUUCAUCGAUCGCAAGAACAACCUUUGCGGCGUCGGUGCUGUCCAAAUUGCACUUCCCGCUGAUCACGAUACGGUGGACGAGCUGAAGAAGACCUUCAGCCGUGAUGUCUAUCGAAAGUACGCCGUGUGGAAGGAGAAUCAUGUGGCCUUAUGAUGAUGGAGAUGUCCAGAUUCUUAUCUGUUGCUAUAUUGACGAGAGUGUAUUCAAAUCAUUAGCGUACAUAAUAAAAAUUGCUAUCAUUUCAUGUGGUUACAUGUGAAUCAGCAAA